CGCGAAUGUUGAGACUCGCGAUAGUGGAAUUUUUUGAAAUUUAACGCGACGCUCGAAAACAAACGGGAAUCUUUUUCGCGUGACGCUGUCGACGCUGUUAAUUUCGGUGCGCACGCCGGUGAUUUGUCACAUUAGAGGCUAACGUGUAGCGGCGCGUCGGUAUUAUCUCGGAGAAUCUCGUUUCGCAUAUUAGAGAUACGGGAAAUUCUGACUCACCUUAAUCACACCGUGUUUUGUCGAGUAAAGAUAUAGAUAAGGUACAGGAAGACAAUUAGAAAAAGCACGAAACUUUGCGAGUGUCCAAUGUCGGGGCGUAUGGAGCUGUAAACAAAAAGUCGCCGAUUCAUCCUCGUAAUCGCUAAUUUUUGAAUGACGAGAUAGAAAAAUUUAUUGUACAGUUUAAUUAAUAUUGUUGAUUAAAAUGCUGCAGCUCGUAGUUCUACGCUGUUGGAAAUUUCUUAAUGACUUUUAAUUAACAUGUAAAGGGAGCUUGGUUCAAGCCCGUAAGUUAAAAGUAAUGAAUGAAAAGUAAUGCAGCAUCCCUAAGCAGCACAAAAUAUCGUAUGAAUAUUCUAGAAUAUUCUAGAUAUCGUAUGAACAUUCGCACAAUAUUUAGGAUAUUCUGGAUAUCGUACGAACAUUCGCACAAUAUUUAGGAUAUUCUAGAUAUCGUACGAAUAUUCGCACAAUAUUUAGGAUAUUCUAGAUAUCCUACGAACAUUCGCACAAUAUCGUGAUAUCGUGCGUAUAUUUGUAAAAUAUCACAAUAUUCGUUCGCUAUCUUAUGCUGUUAGGGACAUGAAUAUUCAUUUACUAAUAUCUUAAAUUUCAUUAACAUUUGUAUUUCUUUUAAAGCAUAUACUUUACUGAAUUUAAUGUACAUGUUUAUUACUUUUAAUAUUUUAAUUCACUUAAAUUUAAUUUCAUUAAUAUGUACAUUGAAAAUUAUUCCAGUCACGAGCGAUUUAAAUAUCGUUUACCAUUGUAUAUUAAAAGUUUAUGAAAUUUCAUGAACUGUAACAGUGUACAUAAAAUCCACAUUAUUUACCUAACGUAAUAAAAUUAAAUAGAGAGAAUGCGCUCGCGCGAGGGAACAUUUCUUAUGCGAGAGGAAAGAAGAUGAAAUUAUAUUUUUGAGAGAAAAGAUUACAGAAUAUUUGUACGUUGAAACAAAUAGGGGAAAAUGGAUUUUUUAUCGCUGUGGAAUGUCUACGUGACGAUUAACCGCCGCUGAUCGAGGAUAUCUGACGCGGCGAAAAGUGCGUGAAGGCGAGAAACGAGAGCUCCGACUUGAGAAUCGGAAUCAAUUUACGUCGCGGCGAUUCGUUCGUUAUUUAAUUUUUUUUUGCGAUUAAUUAACGCUCGUCCCCGGCGCGGCGCUCGGUUUAAGGUCGUUAGCAUCACCGUCGGUUCAAUCUUCUUUCAAGCAGUGCAGCGGCUCUAAUCCGAUAAAUAGCGCCUCAGUCAGGGAGAAGAGACGGAUCAUCGAUUCCUUGGUCUUUUCCUUUGGUCUUCCUCCUCUUAAUCGGCGUUUCUCAGUGGGGCCACUUGGCUGGAAUAAAUGUUUAUGAAACUCGUUAGCUGUAUACAACUGGCGCGGGGACACGCGUUAUGGACUACCCCUGGAAAUCGGAGAAACCGUACAGAUUCUGGAGGAGUGCGUGGGUCAAGGGAAAUGAAGUCACCAGGAAGCGCGAUAGUACAAUGCUGGUACAGAGGCUUCUCGACGAAGAAUCGCGCGGUGAAGGGAAUCUUUCCGAGUUCCUACGUGCAUCUAAAGCCCUGCAAAAUCGACAAUGAAGGUCUCUUCGAGUCCGUUAUACCAUUGGAGGACCCGGUGGUUCGGGAAGUCACUCUGGUCCUGCGGGAAUGGGGUAGCAUUUGGAAGAGGUUGUACGUGGAGCGCGAGGAGUACAAAUUCAACGCGUUGCGUAAAGUGAUGCGGGAGCUAUUGGAAUGGCGGCGGCAACUUUUGGCCGGCACUCUUACCACCGAUCAGACGCGAGAGAUGAAGCUGCGGAUAAUCAAUAAAGUGGACUGGGGGAAUCGGAAACUUGGCUUGGAUCUAGUGCCACGUCAAGGUGCUCAUAUGGUGGAGCCGGAUACCAUGUCCGUCGUAGAAUUAUAUCACGUGCACGUGCAAAGCGCCGAGAACUCGCAGGGCGCGUCCGCUCGUGGUACUAUACGCCGCAAGGAGCACAGAAAGGUUCUAACUCAUCACCUGUACUUCUGUAUGAGAGAUUUCGGCCAUUCGGUCGGCGAGGACACCGAGAUCUACUUCUCUCUGUUCGAUGCCAAGCGGCAGCAGUACCUGAGCGAGCGCUUCCUGGUGCGCAUCAGCAAAGAGGGUUUCUCCAACUAUGUGGAGAAGAUGCACAGCAACUGCACCAUCUUCACGGAUCUGGGCAAUUCCGACUUAAGUCGCGAUCUUUAUAUGGUCGCUCACGUGAUGCGCUGCGGCCGGAUGUUAUACUCUGAUUCCAGCAAGAACAAGACUGGAACCACGACUUACAGGCGGCCCCAUGGAGUGGCGGUUCUCUCCCUGGCGGAAGCCUCUCAAGAUCACGCGGAGGAACUCGAGAUGACCUUUAAAGUAUAUCAGGGAGAUGAGAAGGAGUUUCACCAACUCCACGAACAAAUUAUACGUAACAACAAGUGUUCUCCUUUACCCGGACAGCCCAAUUAUGGGAUAGUCGUGUCCCUCCGUAUCCUGCACGGUGAACUCUCUCAGGUGCGAGAUGAGAAUCCAUUACUGUUCAAAAAUAUCUGUCUCACGAAGAAGCUCGGCUUCUCGGAUGUCAUUAUGCCUGGCGAUGUGCGUAACGAUCUGUAUCUGAAGCUGGAACGGGGUGAAUUCGAACGCGGCGGAAAGUCUACUGGGAAGAAUAUCGAGGUGACAAUCCUGGUCCUAGACGCGGACGGCCAACCCUUGGAGGAGUGUCUGUUUGGAGCCGCAGGGACGGAUGGUAGCUCCGAGUAUCAGAGUUUGGUCAUAUACCAUCACAACAGCCCGUCGUGGGCGGAAACUGUGAGAUUGGCGAUACCCAUCGACAAGUUUUACGGGAGCCAUGUGCGUUUCGAGUUUCGGCAUUGCUCCACACGUGAGAAGAACGACAAGAAACUUUUCGCUUUCGCAUUUGUACGGCUGAUGGAGCCCGGAGGUGCUACACUUCAGGAUGGCCCGCACGAAUUGUAUAUUUACAAAUGCGAAGAGCGUGCGAAAUUGGAUUCUCUGAGUUACCUAUCGUUGCCCACCAGCACGAGAGAGCCAUGCGCCUCAGGUCCACCAGCUUUCACUAGAUCGCCCAAAGAGACUGUAUUCGUGCAUACUCUGCUCUGCAGUACCAAGUUAACGCAGAAUGUCGAUUUACUCAGUUUGCUACAGUGGAAAGCACAUCCUGAGCGAAUAUCCGAGGCUCUCGGCCGCGUUCUUCGACUGGACGGCGAAGAACUGGUCAAGUUCCUACAGGACAUCCUCGAUGCACUCUUUGCCAUGUUUCAUACCGAGGACGGUAACUCCACGGCGCAUUCCGGCCUAGUGUUCCAAGUACUCGUGUCUAUCUUUAGCUUGUUGGAAGACUCCAAGUUCGAACACUUUAAGCCAGUAAUGGAUGCUUACAUUUCGGACCAUUUCGCUGCGGCUUUGGUGUACAAAGGUCUUCUCAGCAGCGUGCAACACUGCGCCGAUUGGGUCACCGCCGCGGAAAAGCAAGAGCCGAUCAUGAAAUGCUUCCGCUCUCUCGAAUAUAUUUUCAAGUUUAUCAUCCAAAGCCGGCUGCUGUUUGCUCGUGCAACCGCCGGUCAAUACGAGGAUAGCUUCAAGCGCGACCUAUAUUGCGUAUUUGCGGCUCUUAACAAGAUGUUAAGUAUUCCUCACGAAAUGGUGUUGCUGUCACAAAUAGCGCUAUUGUUGUCGAUCGCGGAGGUAUUCGCGCAGCUAGUAGCAGUGCUACCGGUCCUCGAAGUUGCCAAACUCACUUGUUCAAUGCUAGAUUCGAUGCCGCGGGAACCACCGCUGCAGCUCACGCAGGCCAAGCUAGUUGCCAUUAAAAAUCUCACCGCGUCUAGUCUGUUUCGCAAAGAUGACGAAAGUCGGAACAUGUUGCUCGUCACUAUAUGUCGGCAUUUACGCAUCCAUCUAGCACGCAGGGAAGAAUUACGAUCCUGCACCGAUAUCCUGGGCGAGAUACUCAGUUUCUUGCAUAAACGAGGCAGAGACACGAACAAGGUCAACAAUUGUAUACAUCACGAUGUCGAGACGCUUUGCCUGUCGGUACUCGAUGUGCUCAUACAAACUAUUCUGAUUGUUAUAAAUGCCAACGGACCGGUCCUUGGCUGUCUCGUUGGCUGUCUCAUCGGAUUGCUUCAGUUACUCGACGAGUAUCAUUACGCGCGACUCUGGGAAGAAUUGACAUACGCCGGCGAUCGGAAACCCCUUAAGGACUUUUUGCUACGGGUAUUCCUGGUGCUGCGGGAUCUCGUGCGUCAGGAAGUAUUUCCACCGGACUGGCUGGUUAUCAGAAUGCAGGCCAAUAACGUCAUUCUAAGAUCGUUGCAAGAACUCGCGCAGCCGCUCGCUUUCCGCUUCCUCCAUGGCACCUUUGACUCGCAGCUAUGGUCCACGUACUUCAAUCUCGCGGUGGCUUAUCUCACCCAACCGUCGCUCCAACUCGAACAAUUUUCCGAAGUCAAGCGGGAGAAGAUUGUAGAGAAGUACGGCGACAUGAGGGUACUCAUGGGCUUCCAGAUACUGUCCAUGUGGUCGCACCUAGGCGAGCGUAAGCUCGAGUUUAUACCGGGUAUGGUAGGACCUUUCCUUGAAGUCACUUUGGUGCCAGAGAGCGAACUCCGCAAGGCAACCCUGCAUAUCUUUUUCGAUAUGAUGGAAUGCGAGCAGAGAGCUCGCGGGAGCUUCAAGUCUGUAGAGUCCGAACUGAUCGACAAGCUUGACAUUCUUAUCAGCGAAAAUAAGGGCGACGAUGAGUACAGACAAUUGUUUAACACUAUGGAACAUCUUAGCGCUGUAUUGCUGGACAGGGUGCAAUCCGAAGAUCCAACUUGGAAGGACAGCGGCACGGCCUUUAUAACGUCCGUCACGCGUUUAUUGGAAAGGCUUCUCGAUUACAGAAGCGUUAUUCAGGGUGACGAGAAUCGCGACAAGCGCAUGUCGUGCACCGUAAAUUUAUUGAACUUUUAUAAGAAUGAGUUCAAUCGGAAGGAGAUGUAUCUGCGCUACAUCUACAAGUUGCAUGAUCUACAUCUGGUCGCCGAGAAUUAUACGGAAGCUGGCUUCACGAUGAAACUCUACGCCGAUCAACUAGGCUGGGGCUCGAACAUCCUGCCACCUGAUCACGUUCAUCCUCAGCAACCGGAAUGGCAGCGCAAGGAGCUGCUGUACCACAAGAUAAUUCAUUAUCUAGAUCGUGGCAAAUGCUGGGAAAAGGGUAUACCCUUGUGCAAGGAGCUGGCGAUCCUAUACGAGACUAGACUGUACGACUACGCCAAGCUUAGUCACGUGCUGAAGCUACAAGCCAAGUUUCUGGAUAACAUCCUGACGCAACUGCGCCCGGAACCGGAGUACUUCCGCGUUGGAUUUUACGGCCUCAGCUUCCCGCUUUUUGUCAGAAACAAGUUGUUUAUUUAUCGUGGUCUGGAGUACGAACGAAUAGGCGCAUUUACUCAACGGCUGCAAACCGAGUUUCCUUGUGCGCAAAUUUUAAUGAAGAAUUCUCCGCCUGAUGAAAGUAUCCUUUCAUCCGAGGGUCAAUAUAUUCAAAUUUGCAAUGUGAAGCCGAUUCCCGAGGAGGGCAGCCUGGCUUGUAGCGGCGUCGAAGUUCCAGAACGUGUAGUCGCUUUCUACUUGGUGAACGACGUUCGCAAGUUCACGUUCGAUCGGCCGUUGCAUCGUGGUCCAGUGGAUCGCGAGAACGAGUUUAAAUCAUUGUGGAUCGAGAGGACGAUGUUGACAACGGAGGCUAAGCUGCCAGGGAUCCUCAGAUGGUUCGAAGUGAUCGAGAAACGGUCGGAAUUGUUGGCACCGGUACAGUACGCCUGCGAGACUAUGCAGAGCGUAGAGAGAGAACUGAGACGACUGGUGGCGCAAUAUACUGCGGAGCCACACAGAAAUAUCAAUCCAUUCAGCAUGCGGCUGCAGGGUAUCAUUGACGCUAACGUAAUGGGCGGCAUUACCAAAUAUCAGGAGGCUUUUCUUACGCCAGAAUUUGCCCGACAGAAUCCCGAGAUGGUGCAGCAUGUUAAUCGAUUGAAAGGAUUGAUUUUGGAUCAGAUGAGUGUACUAGAAUCUGGCCUAGUAUUGCAUGGUCAGAUCGCGCCGACCGGGGUUCAACCGUUGCACAAGAGAUUGAUCGAAAGGUUCACACAACUUAAGCAAGGUCUCGGCCCGUUGGCCAGACAGAGAACCAUUCAUCAAGACAGUAUCGUAAAUUCGCCUCUACCACCCUUGCCGGUUAACGACAAGCAGCGUCCAGCCACUCUGGAAACCGCUGGUUCUAGAUCGUCGCACGCCGACAGCGACGGUUUUCUGGAGGACGAAGGCUUCUACACAAAAGUUGACGGCGUACCGCCACCUAUUCCGCAGCGAGAAGUGCGGCCGCGUUCCGUCGGCUAUGGCACAACCCCGCCUAGACCCACGCAUCAGAGAUCUCUCAGUAAACCGCUGAGUCCAAAACUGCCAUUGAGGCAUUCCUUGCCUACUCCUACUGAUGGCGUGGAUCAAAGUGGCCUCAGAAGCUCGUGGAGCGAACCCGGACCCGAGCCUGCUCCGCCGCUACCACCCAGGGGUUGCAUGCUAGACAAAAGGGAUUCGAACUCAAACGCAGUACCGCCGGCGCCGCCGAAACGCGGUUUAACACACAAACGCACGAAUACAGAAUGGAGCACUGAUGACGAUUCCGAAAUCACGGAACCAAGAAACGAACCGAAUGACUUGCGUGACAGCGGCAUCUCUACGGCUAGUCUGCUGGACUUUCAAUCACAUCUGACAAACUUAAAUAAUUUAGGCUACGAGGACUUUGAGCCGCGCUCCCGAUGCAACGACAUCAUGAACAUCUCACCACCGUCUGUGAUAAACGCGCUCAACGCCUCCACUGGUAGUUUCGCCAGCGGUACAUUCCAGGGCUCGCAUUCUCUCCCCAAUCAAGAGGUAAGUCCUCCACCGAUUCCUCCGAAGGCUCAUCAGGAUACUCCGUCAGCUCCUUCGACCCUGGAGAGAGUAUCCAACAGGACGCCGAGCCACGGCCACUCGGAGAAUUAUUCCGUGCCGAAGAUGCAAACGCUCUCCGUGGCGUCUGACACGGAGAGCACCGUGUAGUGACGCUAUUCCCCUAGUCUUUAGCGGUUAGUAUUUAGUGAUGUGUAUGUGCCAUUAUGGUCAGACGCGAAUCCUGUGCUCGAUUUAUCGAAUCGUCGAGUGGAUUCUUUUAGAGGAUAACUUAAGCAUAAGAGUAUCAUCGUUGUCAUCGUUGUCGUCAUUGUUGUCGUGUCUAACAAAUAAAACGCGAAAAGACAGACUUGAAUCUAUCAUCAUCGAGAUUUCUAUUUGCAUAUGAACUUCGUACGUAGCUGAUAACUGUAAGUCAAAUCAAAUUGUAAACAACCCGAAAUCACAUCGAACUUCCGAAUACAAUAUGAAACGGACCGUAUCCAAUUCGCGUAUAUAACGUACCUUUGUAGAAAAAUAGAGAAGGAAGGUAAAAAAUGAGUAAUACUCGCCCUUGAACGCCGAAAACGUCCAGUAAGAAGCUUCUCGAUAGAUUGUUCAUUUGGACGUGAUCGGCGAUUGAAUCGCGAUAUAUAUAUACAUAUAUACAUAUGUAUCGACUUUACAUAAAACAUCGCUCUUCCGAAUAUAUCGAUCCAUACACAUACCACACUGACACUAUAUAUUUUGUAAUUUAUUUAUAUUUUCGACGAGAAAAUAAAGGUAAUUUUUAAAUCAACGAUAUUGCUGCAGACUAUGUGGAGUAAUAUUGCUAAUUUACGGGUUGCGGGUGUAGUUGGAAGAGAGGUUGAAAAGAAACGAACCCUACCCCGAGAUACUGAGGAGUAUAUAAAUUAUGUAUUUUGUCAUAUUUCUUUUUUGUCUUCGUUUCGUAUGAGUGUAUAUACAAAAGUAUGAAAAAAACGCGCCGUAUGAUUGUACGCUUCGACUUACGCUAUUUUUUUUUAUUCAUGGCAUGUAAAAUAAAAAAUUGUAAACUUUUAAAAAAAGUAAAUGAAACCUAAAAUUAUACAUAUACUUGUACAGGAUGAUUCUUAAUUAUAUGUCAAUUCUUUAAGGAGUGAAUACAGAGUUCAAGAUAAAAAAAAGAGAUCAUAUAAAAAUCUGUAUGAUCUAAUGACAUUUCAUGACAUUUUUUUGUUUCUCUAGUUUACCCUCUGAAGAAUUAAUAUAUAAUUAAGAAUUAUCUUGUUUAUAUAGGAGAGAGAAUAGGCAGUGGAAUGUAUACAUUGCACAAUACUGAACUCAAGGAGAGAGUGAAUUCAAGAUAGGAUGGAAUGAGAUUAAUGAGUACGCGAUAAUGAUUGGAGAUCAUUUUUCGUCCUCCGUAUCUUCUUGAAUAUCAUUGCUAAUCAGCGGCAACGAUCAUUCAUUGAGAAUCGGAGAUUCACAAAUCGGAGCUAGAUCGCUCCUGAAUAAAAAUAAUAACAAGCGCAAAUAUUUAUGGGGUCUAUCAUAGUGAUUAAAAAAUUCAGUGCAAGAGCAUUGAUCUUACUCCGUCAUUUCUUCUAUUUAUCUCAAAUACAAAAAAUUGUAUUCUCAAAACAUGGCCUAUAAAUUAUGAACUUGAUUUUUUCUUUACAGUCUGAAUCUUUCAACUGCGUAACAGUAGAUAAAAAUUACAUCGAGAUAUUUUCCAAUGAUAUAAGCGAAAACUGCCCAUUUGUAAUUAUAAUUUAUAUUGUGUGUGUGCAUAUAAAUAUAUAUCAAUAUAUACACAUACAUACAUAUAAUUAUAAAUCAUUGGAAUAUAUUUUAAUGUAAGGAUUAUCUCUCAAGAUUACUCUGAUAGACCUUCCAUAUGCAAUAUAUAAACAGGCACUCACACAUACAUGCUAAUUAAUAUGGCUAAGUAUGUAAGUACAGUCAUGGCCGCUUCUUAAAAUAUAUAUAUAUAUCGACGAUCGUUCGAAUCUUUAUUGCGCGUUGGACACUUAAGCUAGGCGUAAAUUAAAUUACUUUGUACGUUGUUCUCGUUCGUGUCACAGACCUCGUUAGACGGACGUUUCCGCAUUAAUAUCCUUCCUGCAACAGUAACAAUUUUGCAAUUAGCUCCGACUCACGGACGAUAUCACGGAAAUACGAAGAAAGUUAGCGAUAGAGACAAUCGUUGCGAUUUAUAAAUUUAUAUCGUCAUGCUCGCUUACCUCCUCGCUGAUGAUUUGACAGUCAGAGUAAGCACGGAUCACAGAAAAGAUACAGUUAUGUUAGAACGUUCCAACGCCACCUUUUGCGCAUACAGCAAGGACAAACACGGGAAACCAAAGAAAACCAGAAUGAAUUAAGAGAAGUGUUAUGAAAUGCGCUUAAAACAAGAAACGCUGUAAUUUAAGUAUGUUAGCUCGCUGUCCAUCUUUUUUUUACAUACGCUAGAUGUGACGUAUUUGUAUUGUCUUUUUGUAAAUUGUUUUAUAUGUCAAUGAACACAACAACUUUUUGAAUAAUCGUUUAUAUAAAGGUUUCUAUUUUUAUCCAAA